UCUACCCAUGAGUAAGAGCAAAUGCUCCGUGGGACCAAUGUCUUCUGUGGUGGCCCCGGCUAAAGAGCCCAAUGCUGUGGGCCCCAGAGAGGUGGAGCUCAUCCUGGUCAAGGAACAGAAUGGAGUGCAGCUGACCAACUCCACCCUCAUCAACCCACCACAGACACCAGUGGAGGCUCAAGAGAGGGAGACCUGGAGCAAGAAAAUCGACUUCCUGCUGUCAGUCAUCGGCUUUGCUGUGGACCUGGCCAAUGUCUGGAGGUUUCCUUACCUGUGCUACAAAAAUGGUGGAGGUGCCUUCCUGGUGCCCUACCUGCUCUUCAUGGUUAUUGCUGGGAUGCCCCUCUUCUACAUGGAGCUGGCUCUCGGGCAGUUCAACAGAGAAGGAGCUGCUGGUGUCUGGAAGAUCUGCCCUGUCUUGAAAGGUGUGGGCUUCACUGUCAUCCUCAUCUCUUUCUACGUGGGCUUCUUCUACAACGUCAUCAUCGCGUGGGCACUGCACUACUUCUUCUCCUCCUUCACCAUGGACCUCCCAUGGAUCCACUGCAACAACACCUGGAACAGCCCCAACUGCUCCGAUGCCCAUACCAGCAACUCUAGCGAUGGCCUGGGCCUCAAUGACACCUUUGGGACCACGCCAGCUGCUGAGUACUUUGAGCGUGGUGUGCUGCACCUCCACCAGAGCCGUGGCAUUGACGACCUGGGCCCUCCACGGUGGCAGCUCACAGCCUGCCUGGUGCUGGUCAUUGUUCUGCUCUACUUCAGCCUGUGGAAGGGAGUAAAGACCUCAGGGAAGGUGGUAUGGAUCACAGCUACCAUGCCCUAUGUGGUCCUCACAGCCCUGCUUCUGCGGGGAGUCACCCUCCCUGGGGCCAUGGACGGCAUCAGAGCAUACCUCAGUGUGGACUUCUACCGUCUCUGUGAGGCAUCUGUGUGGAUCGAUGCUGCCACCCAAGUGUGCUUCUCCCUUGGCGUUGGGUUUGGGGUGCUGAUUGCCUUCUCCAGUUACAAUAAAUUCACCAAUAACUGCUAUAGAGAUGCAAUCAUCACCACCUCCAUAAACUCCCUGACGAGCUUCUCCUCUGGCUUCGUUGUCUUCUCCUUCCUGGGGUACAUGGCACAGAAGCACAAUGUGCCUAUAAGAGAUGUGGCCACAGAUGGACCUGGGUUGAUCUUCAUCAUCUACCCUGAGGCAAUCGCCACACUCCCACUGUCUUCGGCCUGGGCUGCUGUCUUCUUCCUCAUGCUGCUCACUCUGGGUAUCGACAGCGCUAUGGGGGGCAUGGAGUCUGUGAUCACUGGGCUUGUCGAUGAGUUCCAGCUGCUGCAUCGGCAUCGAGAGCUCUUCACUCUUGGCAUUGUCCUGGCUACUUUCCUGCUGUCUCUCUUCUGCGUCACCAACGGCGGCAUCUAUGUCUUCACACUGCUGGACCACUUUGCAGCUGGCACAUCUAUCCUCUUUGGCGUGCUCAUUGAAGCCAUUGGGGUGGCCUGGUUCUAUGGCGUCCAGCAAUUCAGUGAUGAUAUCAAGCAGAUGACGGGGCAGCGACCCAACCUCUACUGGCGGCUAUGCUGGAAGCUGGUCAGCCCCUGCUUCCUUCUGUAUGUGGUCGUGGUCAGCAUUGUGACCUUCAGACCCCCACACUAUGGAGCCUACAUCUUUCCAGACUGGGCCAAUGCCCUGGGCUGGAUCAUUGCCACAUCCUCCAUGGCCAUGGUGCCCAUUUAUGCCACCUAUAAGUUCUGCAGCCUGCCAGGGUCCUUCCGAGAGAAACUGGCCUAUGCCAUCACACCUGAGAAAGACCGCCAGCUAGUGGACAGAGGGGAGGUGCGCCAAUUCACGCUUCGCCACUGGCUGUUGGUGUAAAGUGGAAGGAGACAACUGCCAGCUGGGC